GACAGUGAGCUGUCGCUGCUCGUCUUCAUGCAGGAACGUGGCAUGUGGAAUAUUUUCCUGCAAACAACCUGAAUCUCCAGACACAAGGAUGUCUUGGCCUGCUCUGUAUGCUCAGUUAGUCGGAGCAAACCGUCACUCCACCAGCUUGGGUAAAGUGUGGCUCUCUGUGCUGUUCAUUUUCCGGGUCAUGGUGCUGGUUGUUGCUGCUGAGAGCGUCUGGGGGGACGAGCAAUCUGACUUCACCUGUAACACACUGCAGCCCGGCUGUGAAAACGUCUGCUAUGAUCAGUUCUUCCCCGUGUCCCACAUCCGUCUCUGGUGUCUUCAGCUCGUCUUUGUCUCCACACCAACGCUCCUGGUUGCAAUGUAUGUGGCCUAUCGGAACCAUAGAGAUAAGAGGAGGCUCCUACAGGUCAGCAAAGGCCAGGAUGAAGAAUUGGAGACUCUGAGGAAACGGAGGCUCCCAAUAGCUGGCGCCCUCUGGUGGACAUACGCCUGCAGCCUGGUGUUCAGGCUGCUGUUUGAAGGAGGCUUCAUGUAUGCCCUGUAUGUGGUAUACGAUGGUUUCCAGAUGCCACGGCUGGUGCAGUGUGACCAGUGGCCGUGUCCUAAUCUGGUGGACUGUUUCAUCUCUCGCCCCACCGAGAAAACCAUCUUCACUGUUUUCAUGGCCACUGCCUCUUCUAUCUGCAUGGUCCUUAACAUGGCUGAACUUGCAUAUCUCAUUGCCAAGGCUGUCACUAGGUAG